AUGGCUGAGGCAACUCGAUUCAAAGAUCUACAGGAAGCACAAAAGAAAUUAGAUCAAUAUGUUCAAACAGAAAGCAUGAAGCGUGCAGCUGCUGAGGAGCGAAUACAGGAACAUAUCACAUUUAUUGAUCAGAAAAUGCAGGGAAUUGACACAAAAUAUGAUCAUCUUACUGGGGUGUUGGCUGAAAUCCAGCUGCAACUGCUGAAUCUGGACAAGGGAAAAUCUUACCGAGAAGAUGAGUCUAUUUUAGGAGAUCCACCAUCGGGAUUUCAAAUUGGAGGUAAUCAUUCAAAAAAUUCAAGCUACACCUCUAAAUUUAAGAUAGACUACCCACAAUCUGGUAUGGGAAAUUCUUUUCAUAAGGUUGAUUUUCCUAGAUUUAAUGGAACUAAUCCUCGGGCAUGGAUCAUCAAAUGCAAUAGUUAUUUUAAGUUAACUGCUGCUAUGACUGAUGAGCAUAAGGUACAAUUGGCUAUCCAUAAUUUUGAGGGGAAGGCUUUGCAAUGGUUUCAGAAUUUUGGGUAUGAAAGUGUGUUAGAUGUGAGUUGGGAUCAGUUCCUCCAAGUGGUGGCAGCUAGAUUUGAAGAUAUUAAUGAGAGUAAAAUCAUUAUGGAAUUCAAGAAUCUGAAGCAAAGUGGGUCCUAUGUCAGCUAUGUGGAGAAAUUUGAAGAACUAAGGGCAUGUUUAUUAUUAAGCAGCCGUAUUAAGUAUUCUGAAGAAUAUUUUGUCGCUAAUUUUGUCAGUGGAUUAUCGGAGGAACUGCAGAACUUCAUGAUGUUGUUCAAGCCUGGAACACUACAAGAGGCCAUUGAAAUUGGGCAAAGGCAGAUCUCAACCUUGGAGGCUAUAGCAAGGCGGGUAAAACCUACUUCUAAUAGGCCAUUUUCUAGCGCUGGACCUAUUUCUAAAAGGCCAGGAGAAGAUGCUGCUACUACUAAAUCAUUUACCCAAAAUAAUUUGAAGCCACCUAUCAAGUUACUAACUAGUGCUGAGAGAGCAGCUAGACGGGAGAAGGGCUUAUGCUUUAAUUGUGAUGAGCCUUAUGUCUAUGGUCACAAGUGCAAGCACAGGGUGUUUUUUAUGACAAUGACUGAGGAACAAGAGAUGGAAUAUAGUCAAUAUGAAGGCAUUGAAGGUGAAACUUUAAUUGCUGACCCUAUUACAGAACCGAUGGAGGAAAUUCAGUUGUCCCUACAUUCCUUAAUGGGAGAGAUAGGUCUCACCACUAUGAAGGUGGUAGGUGAGGUGGAAGAGCAUAAAUUACACAUACUAGUGGAUACUGGCAGUACCCUCAGCUUCUUGCAAGAGAGCACAGCCAAGAAGUUAGGGUGUAAGAUGGAAGAAGUGAAGCCUAUUAUGGUACGAGUAGCUAAUGGCCAGAAAUUAAUUAGCACUCGCCAGGCUACUAAUUUCACUUGGGGUGUACAAGGGCACCAAUUCAUAUAUUCUCCCAGGGUUCUAGCAAGUGAAGGGUAUGACCUAAUUCUAGGGGGUGAUUGGCUAAAAUAUUGUACUCCUAUUGAAUUGGACUACAACAAGAUGACUUUCACAGUAAAUUGGAAUGGUAAAAAAGUAAAGUUACAGGCUGCUACUAACAGUGUCGACUGCCAUCUUCUCAGUGAGGUGCAACUCUAUACCCUAUUUUCCAAAGACGUCACAGAAGUGGAAGAAGCAUACCUUUUGAUACCUCCUGUGCCAGGUAGCAAUGCACCAGAAGUCCUUACUCCUCUUUUGGAAGAAUUUGCUGAUGUUUUUGCUGAUCCCCAAGGCCUGCCUCCUGCACGAGGGAUAGAACAUCAGAUCAAGCUUUAA